CUCGCGCCGUCAACAACUGGAUCCCAGCUAUUUGUAUUUUCACUGCUAGCCUGCUAACGAUGAUUCAUAGCGCCCGUAAAAAAACGAGUUAGCCAUUCUGGAUGGAUGUUUAUUCAUUUCUGUUUGCCUGAAGCACCCUCCAUCGACAGCUCGUGCCGAUGUGCAGUCAGUGCGCGCGGAAGGACCGAGCAGAGCGGAGAGAUCGCCGUGCACACCGUCCGUUAGCCGCCUGUGAGACCAGCUAACACUGCUAGCACCGUAAUACAGAGCUCGUUAGCUGGCUGGCUGACAGCUGGUGCGGUUAGCUACGUGCCUUCAACAGUAGCGUAGCUGAGAUUUACUCCCCGGAACAAUGAAUUGUCUCUGACAUUGAGAGGACUGAGGCCCAGUUGGUUGUCACAUUGGAGUAACCAGAGCCCAGAACUAGCAACGGUGGGUCCUGGUUGACUUUACGGUGGUGCCAUUGAAGAUAAGGGGGUGAGCCGUCAGUCAACUUGCCCAUGCACCCCUGGUUUUGACCUGCUACAGCUGCCAAUAUGAUGCCGAUGAUAUUGACGGUGUACCUCAGCGAUGGGGAACAGGCCGUGACUGAGGUGCCCAUCACCCCUGAGACGACGUGCCGCGAUGUCGUCGAGUUCUGCAAAGAGCCCGGCGAGACCGGCUGCCACCUGGCUGAGGUCUGGAGAGGCAACGAGCGAGCGAUCCCCUUCGAACACAUGAUGUAUGAACAUCUGCAGAAAUGGGGGCCUCGGAAACAAGAAGUCAAGUUCUUCCUCCGGCAUGAAGAUUCACCAACUGAGAGCAGCGAUCAAGGGAGUCAGCAGUCUCAGGAUCAGACGAGUCGCAGAAGUGGAAACACUGGAGAGAAGCACAAUGAGAACGGGGUGGGGAAUCAGCGUGUGGAGCUCACGCUGUCAGAGCUGCAGGAGAUGGCCACGCGGCAGCAGCAGCAAAUCGAGGCUCAGCAGCAGAUGCUCGUCGCAAAGGAGCAACGGUUGCGUUACCUGAAGCAGCAGGAGCGGCGUCAGCAGCAAAGCGUUUCAGAGAGCGAGAAGCUGCAGAGGCUGAAGGAGCGCGUGGAGAGCCAGGAGGCGAAGCUCAAGAAGAUUCGGGCGAUGAGAGGGCAGGUGGACUACAGCAAGGUCAUCAAUGGCAACCUGUCAGCAGAGAUCGAGCAAGUCAGCGGCCUGUUCCAGGAGAAGCAGGCCGAGUUACAGUCAGCAGUGUUGAGGGUGGAGCAGCUCAGCCUGCAGCUGGAGGACCUGCGGAGGGGAAAACUCAACGGCAUACAGACCGCUUUGGGUGGCCAAGUAACCGGAGCUGCAGCCCUAGAGCUCCGUAAACUCUACCAAGAGCUUCAGAUUAGGAACAAGUUGAACCAGGAGCAAAACAGCAAGCUGCAGCAACAGAAGGAGCUUCUCAACAAACGCAACAUGGAGGUGACGCUCAUGGACAAACGCAUCAGCGAGCUGCGGGAGCGCCUCUACAAGAAAAAAGCUGAGGCACGUCAAAAAGAAAACCUUCCUCUGAACAGAGCCAACGGGCCUCCCUCUCCUCAGCCAGCUCCUGGUACUCUGGGCCGUGUUGCUGCUGUGGGGCCAUACAUCCAGGUCCCUGUACCGGGCCGACAGGAAGGCUACACCAUACCACCUGAUCCACUGAAGCCUCAGACUUUGGGUGUUAAUAACCAAGCCAACCAGGCCCGCACCACCAAGUCAGACGGUGUGCGAAAGCCUCCCGGCCCUUGGAAAGUGUCAGAUUUAGACAUCGUUGUGGACCCGGUACCCCCGUCCCUUCCAGAAUCACACCCAGGCACCGGAGCCUCCACUGGCUCCGACGGCACGUCCCCUAAUGAUACUGGUUGGCCUACUUUAGGCAAGACCAGCACAUCGCUAAAGCCUCCUGAGAGACGAGACUCAGGGACUGAUACCCAGGGCAAGAGCCCUCCCUCAGGCUCCCCCAUCGCUCCAAGUGCAGAAAAGGUGCUAGACUCCAAAAUGGUUGUGUCCUCCCCAGCCAUAUCCAAGCCACAGCCGCCUCCCUAUGGCUCCCACCUCACCUCCGCAACCUCGGCCAGCUCUUUGGAGCGGCGCAAGGAUGCGCCUCCUCCACCUCGCCCGCUUCCAAACCCACCAGCUCCUGUGUGGCCCCGCGUCCCCCCGUCCACAGGAUCGUCCUCCCAGCAGAUCCAGCAGCGAAUCUCGGUGCCGCCAAGUCCCACCUUCCAGCCUAAUGCACCGCUUUUCCCUCCUGGGCUGAGCGAGCGACUGGAUCCCCCACCAGCUGUGGCAGUACGCCCCUUUAUGCCAGACAGAGGAUCGCGGCCUCAGUCGCCUCGAAAGGGCCCGCCCACAGUGAACUCCAGCUCCAUCUAUCACAUGUACCUCCAGCAGGCAGCGCCAAAGAGCCAGCCACUCAAGCCUGCUCUCAAAGCAGUAUAUGGGAAGCCUGUUCUCCCGCCCAGCUCGACACCUCCCUCGCCUCUGCCUUUUGUCCAAGCAGGAGGGGCCUUCCCAUUGCUCCAAGGCCACUCCGGUGGUGAGGACACUUUGGACGGAGAGUUUGAUGAUCAUGAGUUCUUCCAGCACCCGGAGCCCUUAGCACCUCCUCCCAGCGUGGAGAACAUCCCACGACCACUCAGCCCUACUAAGCUUACACCCAUGGUACACUCCCCGCUGCGCUACCAAAGUGACGCCGAUCUGGAGGUGCUCCGGAAAAAGCUGGCCAACGCUCCAAGACCGCUCAAGAAGCGCAGCUCCAUCACAGAACCAGAGGGCCCCAGCGGACCCAACAUCCAGAAACUGCUCUACCAGAGAUUCAACACUCUCGCAGGAGGCAUCGAGGGGAAUGGAGUCAGUGGAUCAGGGGGCGGCAACGGUGCAGGAAAUGGAACACCAUUUUAUCAGCCCACCAAUCCUCCUGCAUAUCUGGGAGGCGACGCUGCGGCCGAUACGGACAAUGGAAACCUUCCCUCUGAGACGCCGCUACCACCACCACCAGGGGCAGAGGAGGCAGGCUCUGAGGCUCCGCCUCCAUCUACCGACGCUAAUGACAACGAUCCACUGCCCUCGCCACCAGAGCUGGAUCCUGCUGAAGCAGAUGAAGCAGAGGACGACAACAAUAACAACGUGGGAGGCUCUGAGGCGUCGUUGCCCAGCCCUGUGCUAGAGGUGACCACUCCAGAAGAGAGCGGCACAGCGGCCUCACAGCCCCUGGAGAAGCGCACAAACCUGAAGAAACCAAACUCUGAGCGCACUGGUCACGGCUUCAGGGUGAAGUUCAACCCUCUGGCCCUCCUGCUGGAUGCCUCACUGGAGGGAGAGUUUGACCUCGUCCAGAGGAUCAUCUAUGAGGUGGAGAAUCCCAGCACUCCCAAUGACGAGGGCAUCACGCCCCUCCACAAUGCAGUGUGUGCGGGACAUCACCACAUAGUCAAGUUCCUGCUGGAUUUCGGUGUGAACGUUAACGCUGCCGACAGUGAUGGAUGGACUCCACUUCACUGUGCCGCGUCCUGCAACAGCGUUCAUCUCUGCAAGUUGCUGGUGGAGUCAGGGGCCGCCAUCUUUGCCAGCACCAUUAGUGAUGUGGAGACUGCUGCAGAUAAAUGCGAGGAAAUGGAAGAGGGUUACAUCCAGUGCUCCCAGUUUCUAUACGGUGUUCAAGAGAAAUUGGGCGUAAUGAACAAGGGGACAGUGUACGCUCUGUGGGAUUACAAACCCCAGAACCAAGACGAGCUGGCGUUCGGCGAGGGGGACGCCAUCACCAUCCUGCGACGACAGGACGACAGUGAAACAGAGUGGUGGUGGGCGCGACUGGAAGACAACGAGGGCUACGUGCCCCGCAACCUGCUGGGGCUCUAUCCUAGGAUCAAGCCUCGUCAGCGCUCGCUGGCAUAGUGUCUCACUCCGCUGACCUCUGGCGAACAGCUGGACUAGUGACAAAACCAAGAGCAGAGAACAAAGGAGCCUGGUGCUCUGUCUCUUCUCCCCGUGGCCAUAACCUCCCCCCGGCCUCGUGCUUCUCACAAAUUCCUUUUUCUCUGAAGCAGCAGGCACCGAACUCUGACACACAUAUUUACAUCUGCACACACACAUAGACGCACACGCAAUGAAACACAAGCACUCCAAAUGCGAAGAUCUCUUAAACCACCCCAUCCUAACCCCCCCUUCCCCUCCUCUCCCCACUCUAUCAUUGUCCCAACUUGAUUUUACCCUGACUCAGUGUCAGCUCUGUAUCAGACAUCAACUUGAAGAAUAAAACACUAACCCUUGUCUCAGUA